AUGUUUCGUUCAAAAUUGUUACUUAGACAUGCAAAGCUUUCCGUUACCUGCUUGUCUCCUAGAGUGCUGCCAGCAAUACGGCUCCAACAUCGACUCUAUGCAUCAAGUUAUAACAGGCAUGUGGCUGGCCUGAAUGAUGAAGAGAAUGCGCUUCGCGAGACAGUUCACGAGUUUUGUAAUAGAGAACUCGCGCCAAGAGCAUCUGAAAUUGACAAAUCAAACAAAUUCCCGAGGGACAUGUGGGCCAAAUUCGGUGAAAUGGGCUUGUUAGGCAUUACAGCACCGUCAGAGUAUGGUGGGUUAAAUCUUGGAUAUCUCGAGCAUACUAUUGUAAUGGAAGAAAUUUCUCGAGCAUCCGGAUCGGUUGCGCUCUCAUAUGGUGCCCACAGCAAUUUAUGUGUCAACCAAAUAGUACGCAAUGGGAAUGCAGACCAAAAAAAGAAAUAUCUACCAAAGCUUAUUUCAGGUGAACAUGUUGGAGCACUUGCCAUGUCGGAAACGGGAUCAGGCUCGGAUGUGGUAUCGAUGCGUCUAAAAGCUGAGAAGAAAAGUGAUUAUUAUAUUCUUAAUGGUAAUAAAAUGUGGAUUACAAACGGACCCGAUGCUGACGUAUUGGUCGUCUAUGCUAAGACAAAUUUCGAAGCGGGCGCACAGGGAAUAACGGCAUUUCUUAUAGAGAAGGGAUUCAAGGGCUUUUCAACUGCUCAAAAACUUGAUAAGCUUG